UUAUCACUACGAGUGGAGUUGGUCGUCUCAAAGAAGGACAGGCUGAACAAAGAGUUGACAAUCAGUGCACAGAAUUAGAGUACAAUAUAUUCUCACGAGACAGCUCUGCUCAGGUGGAACUCUAUGCCGAGGGUCCAUGCAACAAUUUGGGAAUUUCAAGACAAAAAAUAUAAAUAUUCCUUUUCAACCAUGCACAUGCGCUAUUGGACUCAAACCAAUUCAGUCCGAUAUUGAGUGCAAGUGUGACUGUGAUCCAGACUUGCAACUGGGAUAUCAGAUAACAAAAUGUUUUGAGGAAAAUGGAGCCAUAACGCUGGAAAGAAAUAACAACACAUGGAUCAAAGUCACCAAUAAAACAGGGUAUGUUGUUAGCAGCUGUACACUUGACUAUUGUGUACAAAAACCAGUCAACAUCAGCCUAAGCAGCCCUGACGAACAGUGUGCUUACAAUCGAAGUGGUGUCUUGUGUGGAGAAUGUGAACCAGGACUGAGUCUCGUGUUGGCUACGUCAAGAUGUGAACGAUGCUCUGAUAAUUACCUUCUUCUACUAAUACCAUUUGCGCUGGCAGGAAUAUUGCUAGUUGCUUUAAUUCUCCUGCUCAACAUCACUAUAGCAACUGGAAAUAUUCAUGGCCUCAUUUUUUACGCCAACAUAGUAGCUGCUAAUAGAGCAAUUUUCUUUCCUAGUUUAAACAACUUUUUAAAAGUUUUUGUAUCAUGGGUUAAUCUUGACUUGGGAAUUGAAACAUGCUUUUACAAUGGAAUGAACUCUCAAGGGAAAGUACUCCUUCAACUUGUUUUUCCCGCUUACUUGUUUCUUCUAAUGUUCUUAAUAAUCAUUUUAAGCAACUAUUUUGACUCAUUUGCAAAGCUCCUCUCCAACAGGAACCCAGUUGCUGCCUUAGGCACACUCGUCCUACUCUCUUAUUCCAAACUCUUACAGUUUGUAAUUGCUGCACUGCAAUACAGGGUCUUGAAUUAUCUUGAUGGUACAAGUGAUAUAGUUUGGCUCUACGACGGAAAUGUGCAAUAUUUCACUCGCGAUCACCUCCCUCGGUUUGUUGCUGCAGCCAUUAUCCUCAUUGCUGGUGUAAUGUUCACUGUACUGCUCUUCUUUGGACAAUGGUUUCCACGCUGUUCCAAGGUUAUGAUAUGGACCAAGAAUACAAAGUACACUGGCUUCAUGGAUGCAUACCAUGCUCCAUUCACUCCCAAGCAUCGCUACUGGGUGGGACUGCUUCUCUUUGCUCUAAUUAUUCAUAAUCUAGUAGCUGCCAUGGCUCUCGACACUUACCUCCCUAUUCUAUCAGCUGGGGUUCUAUCAGUUGGACUUAUUGUCUGGAAACUACUCAAUAAUCGUUUGUACAAAAGUAAGUUUUGUGAUUCCCUCGAAACUCUCUAUCUAUUCAAUGUUUUUAUUCUUUCAUUUGGCACCUCUUAUGUCAAAGAUACAAAUAAAAAUCAGUCAGCACUAGCCAAUACUUCAAUGGCUAUAUCAUUCACCUUAUUUGUGACAACACUCUGCUAUCACUUUUACCAAUUUGUACUCAAGAAGAGCAAUACAUGGCUGAAGAUAGAGGACACAAUAAGAAACUUAGGAGCUGGUGCUGCAGACAUGAGACUCCGACGAGCUAACAAUGACCGGGAAAUGUAUCAACUGGUAGCCGAUGAAAAUGAUGAAGAUGAAUUACUCGAAGCAGUAGACGACUAUGAACAAAGAGACGCCUUGAACCCACCUUACACUGAUGGAGCUGUGGAAGAAGCUGACCCUGAUCGCUACAUCACUCCUCCCAUCAUCAGACCAGCCACGAGGCCGGACCAGCUGAGACUAUCCUACAUGGAUGAUCUAGCCCCCCUCACUACAGAGGACUACAGACCAGCCCCUCCUCCUCUAAGAGUCAACCAUCGUCCUGCUGUUACACACACAGAAAUCGGCCCCAUACGCAAUGAAGUGUGAACUGUCUUAUUUAGCUGAAGUACCUUAUCAUGUUAAUAACAUUUGUAGGCAUUGUUAGUUCUAACAGUUACUGUCGUUUAUGUCACUAGUUUAAGAGAUUAUUUUU